AAUUUCAAUAAAAAAUUAAAAAUGUCGGAGGUGUUCAGUGUUGCUUGAGUUGCGUUUUUACUUUUUAUUCUAUACUUGGUGAAGUUGGUGGCCUAAACUAAGUAUUAACCUGCCAUCGGCUUAAGCCACUAGAAAGAAUAGAAUAGAAUAGAAGCCUAAAAAGAAGAGAAUUGAAUUGCGUUGUUAGAUUUUACAACCUUCAGCAUCCUACUGGCUGCAUUGUGUGUAAAAAAUUAAUCUCAGGCAAAUUAAUCAUAUACGAUAUGAAGUCGAAGAAGAGGCAUCAUGAUUCAUCUGAAGAGUCCGAGGAUUCUGAAGUGAGCGAAAAAUCGAGUAGUUCGUCGGAAAGUGAAAGUGACGAUUCUUCUGUGAGUGAUCAUCGGCAUAAGAAAAAGAAAAAGCAUUCCAUUUCAUCAAAAUCGGAAAGCGAGUCUGACCGAGCGAGGCGAUCUAAAAAACGAAAGCACAAGAAGAAGAAGAAGAAGCAUAGUAAAAAGAAACGCCGAUCGGAAUCUUUGGAACUUGAAUCCGCCGGCAAUAUAUCAAUAAGUGAGGGUGAAAUAUCUUCUAAAAAACGACGUAAACACAAACAUAAGCACUCUAAACGUACGCACGACUCCGAGGAGAGUGAAGUAGAAAGAUCUGAGCAUCGCUUACACAGUGUUGUUAAAGAGAGACAUGUUUCACCUGAAGAACAUCAACCCUCAAGAACUUACUACCACAAAGAAUACCACCAAUCUGGAUCACAUGAGUACGAAAGGGUGGCUGAGGUUGAACGAUUUUACAGAGGAUCUAGUAAAGAUCGCAGGGCGCAACAGCAAGAAAAUUAUUAUCGGGAGCGUACUGACAGAUAUGUAGCUCAGCAAGACAAGUAUGACCGAAAUAAAGAUAAAUAUGGACAAGGUAUUCAGUAUGACAUAUACAAUAGAGGACCUAAAGAAUAUGACCAAUAUAAGAGGAAUCCAAGAUAUGAACAGCCAAAAGUGGACAUGGCUUACAGAAAACCAGAUGAACCUUAUUAUCCAAGAGAUGACAGUAAAGGCUAUAUGAAAAAUAAUCAAUAUGCCACAAGAGGACCCAAAAGAAGGGAGUUUGGAGAUGAAAGAGAAUACAGAGAGAGACCUCCGGAACCAGACAGAUACCGUGACAGAGAAUAUCCGGACAAGCGAGAAAGGUAUCGAGUUGAAGAAGUGCCUGAAAGGGCUCGGGAGUAUCGCCGAGAGAAAUUCGACCGAGUUGAAAAGCUAAUACCACCACCCAGGCAAUAUUCAAAAAGUCCAGAGGACCGUUAUAAAGAGAAGAAACACGUAGAGAGCAGAGACCGAGAGCGUUACCGCGAAGUACGCCGAGAGCGGGACGACGCUGAUCAGGAGCGGGACAGGCGGAGCCGCGAACCACGGCCGGAGAGAAACGAUAAAGUUAAAGAUAGGGCGAGCCGGUUUACAGAUGCCGAUGAAAAGAAAGAAUAUAAUUGGGGCAAGACAGAAGUGAAAAAGGAAGGUGCCACAGAUUCAGGGGAGAAAGAGAAGCCUAACUUUGGUCUCUCUGGGAAAUUAACUGCAGAUGCUAAUACUGUCAAUGGGGUAGUCCUCAAAUAUGCAGAGCCCGAUGAUGCUAAGCAACCAAAGCGACGAUGGAGAUUCUACCCAUUCAAAGGCGACAAGGCCAUGCCAAUCCUGUACAUCCACCGGCAGUCGUGCUUCCUGAUUGGGCGCGACAAGAAGGUGGUGGACAUUCCACUGGACCACCCGUCCAUCAGCAAGCAGCACUCGGUGCUGCAGUACAGAGCCACGCCCUUCACGAGGCCGGACGGGACUACCGGACGACGUGUCAGACCCUACAUUAUCGAUUUGGAUUCAGCAAACGGAACUUUCGUGAACAACAAGAAAAUAGAAGCGCGUCGUUACGUCGAGCUGCUUGAACGCGACGUGGUGAAGUUCGGCUUCUCGCAGCGGGAGUACGUGCUGCUGCAUGAGAACAGCAAGGAUGACGCACAGGAUGAUGACCAGGACGCGCCCGUCGUCACCACCGACAAGAUCAAGCAGGAGAAACGGGCCAAGGAAGAAGCCGCAGCGGAUGGCUAAUGGCAUUGUUCCACUGCCAGUUACUUGCUUGGUGAUAAGGGUUUAACUGAGAAUUUGCUGAAGGAACCUUCACCUGGGCUAUAGAGUUAUAUGAAGUCAGAGACCAAAUUCGUCUUUACAUUUCAAACUUUCUUCAAAUUUGUUUUUAUUGUCUAAAUAUUAAGUAAACAUACCAUUUAAUUAGCUGAAGAUUAAAUUAUUUUGUGGUAUUUUGGCCAUACCAUUUAAAAUAUUUAAAUUACGUCAGAUAUAUCGCUUCUAUAAUUGAGGUGGAUUUCAGGUCUCUUACAGAUUUUCUUGUAAAAUACUAAAACAAUGGAGCAAAUAACGAUUCAAAUUUUUUAACUAUUAAUUUAAGAAUAAUGCAGUCUUAAUUAAGCUACAUUAUUUACACACAUGAAGGUAUUCAGAGAAAACAAAAUAGACAGUAAAUUUAAGCAUUGAGAUUGAUUAAUUCAGAAAUAUUUACACGAAUAAGUUAGUUAUAGUCAUUAUAAUUUCAAUUGUAAAGAAAUAUGCUGUUAUCGCAUUAAUUAUAAUAUGAACCUAGCCUUAAUUAGGCGCAAUGUUUGUACAAAAAAAUUCACCUCAGUGCACUUCACUAAAUUCGUUGUUUUCUUUUGAAGUUUUAUAGAAGCUUUCUAAUAUUAAUAAGUUUUGUAGCGUAAGAAAAGACGAUAGAGAUAGAAAGACACUGUCGACAUUAUUUUACAUCUAAUAUAAAAUUAAAUUUGUAACCAAAAUUUAUGAACGAUGCGGGACUCGAUUCCGCUACUUCUCAGGUUCCGUCCGAGCGCUUCUUCCGCUGAGCCAACCGUUUGAGUGACGUAUGAUUCAUAAAUACUGGUAUGUCUUGUUCAAUUCUCGCAUACUCUCGUAAAAGACAUACUCAAAAUAUACUCGUAAAAGAGUUUCGAGUCCGCAUCGUUCAUAGAUUUAAGUUAUCUAAUAUGAAGUUGGGCGUAAAAUUGUGUCGAAAUAAUCUUAAACUUAUCUCUUUUAUCAUAAAAUUUUCAUAACGAGUUACUUCAUGGCAUUUGACGGUAAUAUCUUUUAUUACGAUAGUGAAGUAAGUUUUAAUUUGGAACCAGAAACAAAAAAAGUUUAAAUUUGACUGUCAAUUCGUUAUCUCUAUGAUAGUAAGUUAUAAGAAUUGUUAUUAGAAUUCGAUUUAAUUUCUUGUAAUUAUCAUUACAUAGUAAAAGAUAUGUGAGCAGGUUGGCACUGCUAUACAGCAAGGGAAAAUUAGUUUAUUUGGGUAUUUGAUCGAACCGAUUUCUAUUAAAUAUAAAAUAAUACACCUCGUAUUGGUUACGUUACGUUACCAUACGUUAUACGUUAACGUAACCAAUACGUGGUUACGUUAAAUAAAACUAGAGUUUAAAAUAGUAAAUAGAUUUAUUGUAUAUCUUAAUACAAAUAAAUGCAUAACUAUGAAAA